GCGGUCUGGGGCGGCGCCGUCACGCCUUAAGGGGAAACAUCACUUCCGGUUCGCACUUCCGGGUUCUGCCGCCGCCGCCGCCGCCGGUAACGGCUCCGGGCCGGCCCCGCCAUGUUCCUCCUCCUCCUCCCGCCGCCGCCGCCCCCAUGAGCCGCAAGAAAAGCGGCUUCGCCAUAACCAGCGUCCGCGGCGGCAGCGGGACCGCGCCCGGCGAUGCCUCCGGCGCCGCGACCGGUUCUUCCUCGUCCUCCUCCGGCAGCCCCAGCGGGUCCCGGUUCCGGCUCGUUCGCUUACUGUCGCCGGGGGAGGUGCUGCGGCGGGGCCGGUGGCUCUGCCGCGAUUUCUACGAGCGAGACGCUUCACCGCGGGGAGGCGGCGGCGGCGGGGGGAGGGUGCCGGUGUCUCUGGACGCCCCCCGGGCCAUCGCCGCCCCCCACCAGCCCCGGUCUCUCGGGGCCUUCGCGCAGCUCGUGCAGCAGGCGCUGCCCCCAAAACCCCCCUCGCCACGCCCAGGGGGCGGGGCUGAGCUCAGCGCGCGCCUGGGAUUGGCUGGCGAGGAGAGCGAGGACGAGGGCGCCGGCAGCGGUGUCACCGCCAUCGACAACAAGAUUGAGAGGGCUAUGGACCUGGUGAAGUCCCACCUGCUGCUGGCAGUGCGGGAGGAGGUGGAGGCGCUGCGGGAGCAGAUCCGGGAGCUGAGUGAGCGGCGCGCGGCGCUGGAGCGGGAGAACCGCCUGCUCCGGGCGCUUGCCACCCCACAGCAGCUCGCCCGCCUGCAUUCCCCGCAGCCCCCCGGGCCGCCCUCUGGGCCAUCCUGAGCUCGGGGGGGUUCUCGGGGCGGGCAGGGGGUUCACGCUUGGUGCACCGCUGCUGCUUUAUUGGGAGGAAGGGGCGGAGUGGCACUGAGCUCUCUCGCCUUUCCUGCGCAGUUUGGGGCCUUUUUUAAUAAAGCCGCGAUUUUUACAGCA